AGGAACAGCCCGCCCUACAUUCCUUUCCUCGUAGAGGGUAGCAGUGAAUAAGACAUACCGCUAUUACAGUUUUAAGCAAUAUAAUGGCCGAAAAGAAAACCGAGCAAUUUUAUACGCGCCCGCCGAAGUUAGGGAAAUGGGAAAGCUUCAAAAUAUUUCUUUGGAAUUCGGAAACGCACCAAUUUUUGGGUCGAACUGGAGGGAGUUGGGGAAAGAUAAUACUUUUCUACCUUUUAUUUUACGCGGCAUUAAUUGGAUUUUUCGCCGCAAUGUUAACAAUUUUCUACCAAACCCUAGAUGACAAAAAGCCAAAAUGGCAACUUGAUCGAUCAUUAAUUGGCAGUAAUCCCGGAUUGGGUUUCCGACCGAUGCCACCAGAGAGUAACGUCGAAAGUACUUUGAUUUGGUACAAAGCGAGUGAUCAGACUAGUACACAGUAUUGGAUAGAGCAGUUGGAGGACUUUUUAAAACCAUACGCAAGAGAGCGCAGUCAUGACGAACCUGUAUGCCACCAAGGCAUACCACCACCUCCCGGAUCGGAUAAGGUAUGCGACGUUAAAGUUACCGAUUGGAAUCCCUGUACACGUAGUACAGGAUACAACUUUAAUUCAACGGAAGGUGGGCCAUGCAUUUUUUUAAAACUAAACAAGAUUUUUGGCUGGGAACCGCAAUACUAUAAUUAUUCAACAUUACCCGACCUUAUGCCUUCCGAAUUGCGACAACAUAUUAAGAAAAAGGAAGACGAAUUGUCUACCAAACCAAACGGACUGAAAGUGGUAUGGGUAAGCUGUGAAGGUGAAAAUCCUGGAGACAUAGAGAACAUUGGGCCUAUACAUUAUUACCCGAAUCUUGGGUUUGAGGGUCAGUAUUUUCCAUUUCUAAACGUGCACGACUACAUUAGUCCCUUGGUUGUGGUAUACUUUGAAAAACCCACACGUGGAGUAUUAAUUAACAUCGAAUGUAAAGCUUGGGCAAGGAAUAUUGUACAUGAUCGAGCAGAAAAACGAGGAUCCGUACAUUUUGAACUCAUGGUUGAUUACUAAACCAAGUAGAGGCGUGUUGCCACCAUUACGUAGGUAUACCUAACUAAAAUCUCAGACACUUUUAUUAUGCCGCCGUAUGCUAACAUCACCUUCAGCAUUUAGUCAUGUUGUUUUCGUUAUUAGAGUUGGCUAUUGGGUUGGUUGUUAUUAAUUUUUAAUAGGUUGUGAUUCUAAAAUGUUUUGAAUCACCGAAUGCCAUACGCAUACCUAUGCUAUAAUGGGCGUGUUUGUUAAAUUACUUAUUAGGUGGUCGACCUCUAUUAACCCAAUUUAUAUGAACUAUUAAAAAACGAUCUCUCUGUUUUUUAAAUGUUAGAAUAUGGCCUCUACUCAUAUAGGAUAGUGCUAGUGCACGCACCACUCAUCUAUCUAGUGUACCUACUUAUGCAACAACUACGCCAUCUGCGCCUUGAGCAAGAAUCUUUAUUUCUUACUCUGAAGCUCAUAAACGCAAAUUGGUGCAAUUAAAACCGCUAUUUUGAUUGCACAAAAACUGUUCAGGCACCUAAUUUAACAAUUACGUCCAUUGUCGUGUAACUUAUUCAAUAGGUACCGGUAGGCAAGGGCGAUACUCAGUAUUAACAGUAUAAGAAACAUUCAUUUUUGACUUUUCCACCGUCAUUAUCUUCUGUAAAGAAGAAGGGAGAAUUAUAAUCGAGUUCACUGGAUAUCUAAGCUAAGUUUAAAUGUACGGACGCGUUACAAUAAUAUUGUUAACUAAUGUAGGUAUCCUUUAAGGACAUACAAUAGGUGAAGCAACUAUUUUCGUGGUGAUACUGAUAUAAGUAUAUACUUAUGUGAUGUAGUUAAAGGAAGAAUUGAUUUGUAUGUUACAAUAUCUCAACCUAAUCGCGGUAUUCUGUAAAUAGUUUAUUUAGUAUUACACUGUAUUUUUAAGUUGUUGAUAUAGGUAACUGUUUUGCCAUUGGAUUACCUACACUUUAUAAUAUACCCAUAAUAAAACAUUGUAGGUAGUUAAUCUAUAAUGUAGGUAAUCACUCAUUUUGACGCUUGAUUAGGUGUUAUAAGUAAGGUGUAUUAUUGUUUACCGUCUGCAAAGUAGUAAAUAAACAUGUAAGUAAUAAGUAGGAUAAUAAUACGUAGGUUCGUUGCGAUAGACAUGAAUUACCAAACAUAAAAUUAUGUUGUUUCUUGUUAAAUCAGGAUUAUCACAUUAAUUGAUACUGAUACGCAUAUUAUGAAACUUAUAUCUAA